CUAGGCGUGUGUUACCGCGUCCGAGUAUAAAGUCGAAGCUUUCGCGUGCAGGAAUCGCGGAAGCGCAGAAGCGCCGUCAUUGUCACCAAGUUCCCACGUAUCUAAGCGACGUCUUUGAGAAAUCCCUGCCCCAAAGGUGUCGGUAUGUCACGCUUUCCGUUAAGCCUAAUCGCGGCUUUUCUUCUGACCACCGCGGAUAGGUCGUGGUCCUUGCCGGCAUCCGACCCGGCGACGAGUGCUAACUACACUGGGUACAGACUGGUGUCAGUGACUGCCCCUAACGAGAAGAGCCGGAGCAUUUUAUCAUCCCUGGCAGAUUCGUUGCAGCUCGACGUCUGGAGAGACGCCACCGCUUUCGGCAAGCCGGCUCUCGUACUGCUGAGACCUCAAGUGGCGACCGAGUUCAUUGAGACCGCUUCGAAGGAGGGUCUCGCCGUGUCUACCAACUCGCACAACAUGCAACAACUUUUAGACGAUGAACGCAAGGAAGUCCGUUUUGCGACAUAUUCCGAGACCUCAGAUCGCUUCGAGAGGUACCUGACGUACGACGAGUUCAAAGACGCCCUGCAGCAAUACGCCAAGGACUACAACCACGUGACUUACACGUCCAUCGGUCGGUCGUACGAAGGCAGGGACAUCAUCGGUGUUCACAUCAAGGCCAAGGAGAACCUACCCAUCGUGUUCCUCGAGUGCGGAAUCCAUGCCAGAGAAUGGAUUGCCCACUCCACCUGCCUCUACAUAAUCGAUCAGCUGGCGACGCAGUACGGGGAGGAGGAAGACGUUCAUCGGCUGGUGUCCACCUACGAGUGGCGUGUCUACCCAAUAGUCAACCCCGAUGGCUACGAGUACUCGCACACUACGGACCGUCUCUGGAGGAAGACCCGAUCACGCAGUCGCUUCAGUGAGUGCAUAGGCGCCGACCCAAACCGAAACUUUGACAUCGGCCAGUAUUGCACCGGCCGCUCCAGCACCGACCCCUGCCAGCCUUCGUACUGUGGGGACGAACCGUUUUCGGAGCCCGAGUCCCGCGCCGUUCGGGAUGCCCUCGGGGCGACCCAAGGUCGCACCGAGUUCUACUUCGCGCUGCACAACUUCGGCCUGUUGUGGAUGUUCGCCUACGCCCACCAACCCCAGAAAAUUCCGGAGUACGACGAAUUGAUGAACAUCUCUGCGAAAGCAGCUGAGGCCAUGAAGAAAAUCCGGGGAAAUGAAUUCGACUUCGGGCCUAUUUCGACGACUCUAUACCGAUCAUCGGGGCACAGCGUUGACUGGGCUUACGAGAAGGAAGGCGUCAAGAAGGCCUUCAUAGUCGAGCUGGAGCCGUCGUGGCGCAUUUCCGACCCUAACAAGGGUUUCGUGUUGCCCACCAGAAACAUACUGCCCACCGUCAAGGAGGCGUGGGUGGGCAUCAAGGCCGCCGUGACACCCUAAGCCAGCCGCGAGCAGUGAUCUUCUGAAGAUCGUCCACGGCGCUUGGCGAUGCGCGGUGGGCUUACGGGCCGGCCCGCAAUUCGAAAUAAAAAAGCGAGAUCUGAAGAAAGACAAACGC